AUGCCUGCCAAAAAUGCGCGCCAGCAACAGGUGAAGGAGCAGCUAAAAAAUGGAUCCAGGGUCUUUGGGAAACGCAUUAGACUUGAAGAUGUCACUCCUGACUCCGAUUCCGAUUAUCAAUACACCUCAGACUCCGCAACUGAAGCAAACAGCAACCAUUCCACUGAUGAUUUCCAGGAAGAAGAUGCGGCCAAGAGCUUGGAGAGAUUUUACAACAUCUUCAUGGGACCAGAGAGUCAAUCAACUCUUGAAGAACGCAUCUGGGAUGCCAAGUUCCCUGGCCGUGCACCUCCCACUGGGAGGUCCAAGCGAUCAGAGUGUCACAGAAGGCAGUGCAAGAGAGAGCUUGAAGAAGCUGCUGCCAAUGCAACCGUGAUGUAUUUGAGGCCUUUGCCCAAAGGCCGUCAGUUAAGCUUCUCUCGAAAUCAUGGAGAUACUGACAGCAAGAAUGCCCAGGAGGAAACUCGCAAACUUCAAGCAUGCAAAUUUGAGGAAAAGUUGGAGAAAAUCAUCAAGGGGAUCGAUACAUUGGAUUUAUCUGCAAUUGAAGAACCAGAUACAACAGAGAUCAGCAGCGAUGAAGACUUUGAUGCAGAAUAUGCGCCAAUCGGCACAGCAAAUGUCACAGAUGCUCCAGAGCCAGAGGAAGCAACCAUUCCAGACCAAUGUGUCAAUAAUACAGAGAAUGUGAUAGAGUCUGUUGAAGGGUUUUUAAUGGAAGAUGAGCCAGAUGAAGACAUUUUGGCUAUUGCAACCAAGUUACUGAAACACAUGACAAAGGUCCCAACAAAGAAGACCUUAAAGAGCAUCAUGAUGCCCACUGCAAUUAUCUCAUAUGAGAAGCUGUGUCAAAUUUGGAAAAACACUGGAGCACGAUGA